AUGAACUGGGUGCAAACCGGUUUCCUGCUCAUUUUCCUGACCACCCUCGUCUUCUUCUGUACUGCUGAUCCUCUGGAAACAUCUGCAGAUAGUCCAGUACUUUCGACAGGUUUAGGCUAUAUCAGAGGAAGACGGGUUUCAACGAAAAGUGGCUUUUUGGUUGACUAUUUCACGGGAGUUCCGUUUGCCGAGAAACCGGAGAGAUUGAAAAAAUCUAAACUGGUAAACCGAUGGGUUGAUAUUCGGAAUACCCAACAAUAUCCUCCGAAAUGUAUUCCAGCUGCACGUCCCGUCAAUAUCUCAGAGUUUAGCGAAGAUUGUCUUUAUAUGAAUAUUUUAAAACCAAGUGGUCUAAAUACAUUCAGAAAAUAUCCAGUAGUGGUGUUUGUUCAUGGUGGAGGAUUUCAAGAAGAGACGGCAACGACGCAAGCUGCGACGCAUUUGCCGAACACUUUGUGAGCAAGGAAAUGAUAGUAGUGACAAUUCAAUAUCGUCUCGGAAUGCUCGGAUUUCUGUCUCUCGGAUGCUCAGAUCCCCUGAUUCCUUGUAACCUUGGUCUCUGGGAUAUGGUCACAGCAUUUAGAUUUAUCAAUGCAACUAUUGAAAACUUCAAUGGAGACAUCAAUAAUAUGACAUUAAUGGGUCAUAGUGCAGGUGCAAUGGCAGUUAGUCUACACUCGAUGUCCCCAAUAUCUUCGGUUCAUUUCAAGAAAUAUAUACAAUUGAGCUCAUCUAGUUGGGGUCUAACUAGGUAUAAAGAUCAGAAUAUUGUACAGACAAAGAAGAUUCUGAAAGAUUUGAAUUGUGAUAUCUCUAGUGCAAAGAGUAUCGUCGAUUGUGUCAAUUCGACAUCGUUGGAUUCGAUGUAUUCAGCGCAGGUUGACACAACUUUAUGGCCGGAAUUUGGCGAUGAGCUGAUACCAGAUAUCCCUGAUAACAUGGUCAAAAACACCCAAAAUCAGAAAGUUCUGAUGGGAGUGAUGACUUUGGAGAGCCUAUACUUUAGUGAGUUUCGGUUUUUUGUAAAUUGCCAAAUUUACAAAAAAAAUGUAGGAUUUGUGAACGAUUUAAAGCAAUGUACUUCCUAUUUUCGUGCAUACCUAAAAUCAUCUCCUGCAAUAUUUCCGUAUAUACACCGAGAUACCGUCGAGGAGUACAUCAACUCAACAAUAGCAAUUCAAUAUGGUAUCGGUUCUGAAAGUGCUUAUGAUAUGACCAGUGCAUAUUAUCUAUCAGCUAACGCAACUGAUAACGAUUAUGGAUAUUUUAUGUGGCAAAGGUCAAAGAUCGACUCAAACACUGGAUUCGAUAUUCCUAUUCUUCGAGAAGCUCGUGCAAGAUCUCAAGUAUCGCCUGAUCUUUAUCUUUACCAUUUUCCGUAUUUUAAUCCAGCCGAGUUUGAUGUAGACUUUCCAGUUCGGGCUACUUAUCACUGUCAUGAAUUCCCAUACAUUUGGGGAGUCUACAAGGACAAUUAUUUCGAAUUUAACGACGAUGAUAGAACAGUCUCCGCAUUUUUAAUCACAUCCUUGACAAAUUUCAUAAAGACGGGAAAUCCUUCAAGCUCGGAAUUUAAUUGGCCUUUAUACGACUCAUCAGUUUCUCAUACAGUUAUCGGGCCAAAGCCAACAACUGAUAAACAUCUUUUCCAAUCUGAUUACAACUUCUGGGAUUCGAUGGUUCAGCAAUUCCAGUUUGAUCUCAUUACAGGCCUCACUGUUGAAUCUCAUAUUGAAACUACGACGAGUUCUUCUUCUUCUCUAACAUUCAUUCCUGCUUUAAUAAUUCUUAUAGCCAUAAUUACAAGUGCAUAA